GCUGGAGCAAAACCAGUGCGGCAACCAGCCAACUUCCAUUGUAAGUUCCAGUUAGUAAACGAAGUUUUCCCAUCCCGUCCACUUCAACCCGCAUCAAUACUUCUCCACUUCCACGUAAAACAUCCUCAUUCAUUUGCUUCAUUCUUCAAUCCACCAACAUCCACCAACUCUGAUGUGGCAGAUGUGGCAGUGAUAUUAUCUUACUACUUUCCUCUCCCCUCUUCUGACCGUCCGCGAACUCUUUUGAUUUAGUUCAAAAGAGCAUGUUGCGUUUUCCGAACUAAACCGCCCCCCUCUCUUAUCACCAUCGCCUUUUAACUUAGACGCCUCUACUACUUCGUGUCCAAUUUACUCCCACACCGACUCUAUCUAAUAGAGGGAUUCAAUCACCCUAUCGUCCUCAUCAAUACUCUACUAUCGAAUACAAUCAUGUCCGCUGAUACUCAAACGAACGACUCGCGCCCGAACGGCGUUAUAGAGAUCGAUUAUGACCAUAUUCCUUCCACUCCUCCUGAUGUCACGGGUAUCAUCCACUCUUCAUCACAACAAUCCAUCCCUUCUACCGAAGGUCCAAAUUCGCCUCUUGAUCCAUCUACUUCGUUCAAGACCGAGGUAAUGGAUGACCGUAACCCAUCUUCCCAUAUUAUUCCCUCAUCCUUGACCCCACCUCCCUCGUCUCAGGUUCCUACGGUGAACGGAGCCUCCAACAUGCCUCUGGGUUAUGUUAGCUCACAAAGAGCUAACAUGUUCUCUCCUCCUGCGACGGCACUCCGGACACUUGCACGAGAUGCGAUUUCUGUAUCGGGCUAUGUUGUUCCAAAUUCGGAUCAAAUCGCAGACGCCUCGGCCGACGAGCUCCGUACUUUGGUUCAGACAUGUCUCGCUGAAAACGCGAGGUUGAAGAUGGAGACAGCUCAUCACAAACUACAAUAUAACCUGCUUAGCAUGCAGGCUGACGAUGAUGCAAAGAGAGCGGCGGUAGAGCAUGACAUGACGAGACGGGAAGUCGAGGUACUACGUAUGACUGAGAAUUCCCGUCAGGCUCGACGAGAGCUGGAUGCGGCUACCGAUUCAACUCAAGUCAAAUAUCGAGAACUUCAAGCCCAGUAUGAAAUUGUUGUAAAGGAGAACGAAGCUCUUCAGAAACGCAUCAAAUCUGCCACCAAGAUUAUUCAACAGCAGAGCGAGGAACGCGACAGCUUGAUUGACGAGCGUGACAUGCUUCUCAAUCGCAUUCGUGAAAACAGGGAACAUUUCCAUAUGCUCUGCAGUCCCGGUGGAGUAUUUCACGGCGCCUUAACCCCGAAGACUCCCGCAGCCGCUUCACCUCAACAAUACCGGGCCACACCACGACAGACGCCCAAAGCCAUCCAUCGAGAUGUCCGUCACGAUAAUGAUACAAACCAGGCUGGGUUUGCUGCUCUUCUCCAAGCUUUGAGUCAUGAUAACAGUGCACCAUCUACCCCAAUAGCAACCGGUCGACCUACACUACGAGCGCCUCCAAGGCACACUCGUGGAGUCCAAUCGCUAUCGUCUCUCCCUACUACGCCGAUUGCACGCCCCCGCGGAGAGUACUCGGGUUUACUGCCUUCUGUUGAUCUGGUACCGCAGACUGAACCCCCAAACCGGUACGGCAGCGGUCGGUAUGGUUUAGAGACACCGGUUCAGAAAAGAGGGCGUCAAAGCCGAGAAAGUACUAUAUCCGCCGACGACAAUGAGGAGCUCGCCCGCGCAGCCCUAGAAUCUGUAGCAGCAGCUACUCAGUCUUACAUGUCGCAAGGUUCGCGAGCGUCCCGGCGGAGAGAUGAGGAAGAGGUGUUUGAGAGCCAGGCCAGCCAGGCAGCAUCCGAAAUGCUACGCCGUGACCCGCGGGAGAGCUUUGAGGUUGCUAGCUCGGUUGGAUCGCGCGAUGGUACGCCGGUACCGGCGGAGAAAUCUGCUAAACUACAAUCGAAGUUGUUCGCGGGUCUGAAUAAGGCCGGGCUCGCGGCAGAGAAGCGAAAGUUUAGCGCCAGCACGGAGGGUAACGAGGGCCGCCGAGAAAACGCCGUGAGUCCUAAGAAGAUGAGAUACGGAGGGAACACGGAGGCCAAUGGCCGUGUUGGGCUAGGGAUUCGCUACGGCCAGGCAGCUUGAAAAGUUUUUGUUUGAUGGGCUUUUUGAAGGGUUUCUGGGAGGGGUUUUGGCGGAUGAGAAGGGUCAUAGUUGCUUGUGGUUUGGGCAACGGCAAGGCUGAAUUGGGAUUAUCAUUCAUGCUUUAGGCUCCGAUGAUGACGAGAAUGAAUGAGGUCUGUAUUAUACCCGGUUUUGUUGUGGCGGCGCUUGGGUCUGUUUGAUUCUGGGCUCCGAGCGCACUUAUACGGAAGAGUCUCGAAUCGUCGCAAUGGGGAUUCUUGUACUGUUUACUACGGCGCCUUAUGCAAUGGGCAAUAGGCAAUGGGCAAUGGGCAAUGGGCAAU